CCGAAAGUAGGGAAAAAAUGAUCGAGCAUAUGAAAAAGAGAGGAACUAGUGAAUCAGAAAUUAUCCGGAGGUUAAUCAUUGAAGAAAAAGAAGGAAAAUUUGCUACCGAAUUUGAUCAUAUUUUGACGGUUAAAGAAAAUGCUUUAACCGAAGCGGCCCAAAAAAUUAAAAAAAGAUUAAACUGCGAAAUAACCUAUGCUGAACACGAAAAUUUGGUUGAAAAUGGUUUGUCAACUGGGCAAAAGCAACUAGCCGAUUUAAAAAAUCUUUUCACCAGCAGUGAAGAUAAAGAAAUAUUUAUUUUUGAUGAGGCGAAUAACGCUUUAGAUGAAAAUAAUAAACAAGAAUUCCGUCAAAGCAUAGAAAAAUUAGCAAAAAGAAAAAUAAUCAUUUUAAUAGUCAAACAAUUUGCAAGAGAGUCUGAAGAAAAUAAGAAAAGUAAUCAAGAAUGGCUUGAUAUAGAAAUAUUAUCUUUGGAAAGAAAACUUCAAGCCGGUGCCUUGCCUAGUGAACGAGAAAAAAUCAUGGAAGAAAUAAAAAAACUUAAUUCCUUCAAUAUUACUUUGGAACAAGGAUUUAAAAAAAGGAAAAUUGAUGUAGAAGUAGUCAAAGAAUUAAGAAAAAGAUUAGGCAUUUGA